GGAAUAAAUCACAUCUUUUUUUUUUUUUUUUUGAAUCUCUUGUUCUUCUUUUUAUAUAUAAACAAUGGUACCUGUUCCUAUUUUUGUUUUGAUGGGCACAGCUGGUUGUGGUAAAAGCAGUGUAGCUGAAGCCAUGCAACAUGUUCUCGGUUGCGAGUUUUUGGAAGGUGAUUCUGUUCAUCCUCAAGCCAACGUGGAUAAGAUGGCCGCAGGAUAUCCAUUGGAUGAUGAUGACCGUUGGCCAUGGCUUCGGUUAAUUCGUACUCACUUGACAGAAAAGGCCAAGGCUGUACAAGAUUUAGACAUUGCAUGCAAAAAUCGUGCUGUUCUGGUGACAUGCUCUUCGCUCAAGAAAGUCUAUCGAGACAUCUUGCGUGAAAUUCCUGCUGAUAUAGCUCAAGUUAUCUUUGUUUAUUUAAAGGGAAGUGAGGCACUUUUAUUACAGAGAAUUCAAGGUCGUAAAAAUCAUUUCAUGCCUCCCAGUAUGCUUCAAUCUCAGCUCAGCAUUCUGGAAGAACCUAAUCCCGAAGAAGAGGCAGUGAUUAUCGCUGAUAUCAUUCCUACACCUGAUGUGGAAGCCAAGCACAUCAUUGCAGCUGCAGUGGAGAAGGGUUAUUUACCAGACUCAAUCCCUCUCUAAUGUUCUUUUUUAUAUAUGUACAAUUAUUUUUAUUAAACCAGGCUAUUAUUUUUAAGAACAGGACCGGAUCCUCGGUAAAGAUGAUUUUUAAGGGGGUUAUUUACUGAAAAAAAAAGGGCUUGGUGGAUUGUGUAUGUAUGUAUGCAAGAUAUAAAUAAAUAGCAGUGAGAUGCGCGCCACUCUAUCACAAUUGACGACUGAGUUUGAAAAGUAAAGUCAAAAAGAAGCAUGAAAAAUUGCUGAUUUGUUGUCAGGCUUUGGAGGAUGUGCUUAUAGAGAUCUGCAGAAUGUGGAAAGUUUUCCUUCUGAUGAGACACAAAGAACCUAAUUAGAAAUGUAUACUUUCUUGAUAUAAAGCGUCAAUGAACACAAACUUUUGCUCUGUCAGACGUAUAUUCUACCCUCUUUCUCCUCCUCCUCCCCCCCCCCUUUUUUUUUGGUAAUGUC